AGUUUUUUUUUUGUCGGUAGGGAAAAGGGCCCUAUAAAAGUGGGAGUUGAACCCUUAACAGGUCCACCCAGCCGUGUUCAUUUCGUGAUAAUAGGUGAUCACAUAAUGUUUGUUUGGAUCUUAGGCUGGUAACGCUGGCAUAAUUAUACCGACUAGUGCAGUACGUCGUGUGUAGACUCGGUUUCCCCUUCGCCUUUCUCUUCUUUCUCCUCCUCUUGUAUGCGCCCAAGAUCUUCCACCACCUUCUUCAAUGCUGAAAUGAAAUUGAAAUUGAUGACGAAUUUGUUCCAUCUUCUUCAACUUCCCCCGAUUUUUAAUUCCCAAAUUCUCUCAAUUUACACUUUCCCUUUUCAUUUUGAUUUUGGAAUUGAUGGAUCCCCAACUCAAAGUGAUUCAAUGGCAAGAUUUUGAACAAGAACUUGCGAGGUUAUCCAGUCUUUCAUCUGCUCUCCAACAAGCUCAGCACAAGAAACUCGCUCUUCAGCGUCACCUUCAAACCCUAAUUCAGGUACAAUCGGAAUCCUUGAGUCGGAGGAAUCAACUCGAUGAAAUUUCUGAAAGAUUGGAAGAUAGAAAGCUGGUUAUGGGAAACAUGUUGAUGCAAGCUAAGGUGGUAGAAGAACAUGCUAAGACUAAAGAGGACCACCUUGCUACUGAAAUUAAGUCUCUACUUGUUUCCGGGACAUCUCUUUCAGUUGCACGCAAAAGACUGCAGGAAUCUGGUAGAUUACUUGCUGGAGAAAAGGGUCUUGCUCAACUAAAUGGUCUGCGAAAGAUGCUUAGAGUGAGACAACAACACAUGGUUUCCCAAGUUGCAUAUCUUUAUCCAGUCAAGACCAUGGUUGGCGCAACUCAGGAGCUUGAACUUGAUUCAUUUCCGGGUGGGAGCAGAUCAGGGACUCCUGGCGGAACUCUAGAUGAGAACAAAUCAAGGAACCAAGGGAUCUUAACUAUUUCAGGUGUACAGCUGAAUAUGCUUCCUUUUACACAGUUAACUUUUUUCACUGAUAAGAAGCAGGUUCAGAGGUCGACAACUGCUCUUGGAUAUGUUGCCCAUGUUAUCUCACUCAUAGCUACAUAUUUACAUGUCCCUUUGCGUUAUCCUUUGCGCAUUGGUGGUUCUCAUUCGCAUAUUAAAGACUAUGCACCUUCAAUUGAUCCCACAUCUUCCGGAUCUUCCUCAACUGCCUUGGCCUCUGCAAAUACGAAGUGUUUGGAAUUUCCCCUUUUUUUAGAUGGGCAAGAUGCCACCAGAGCAGCGUAUGCUAUAUUUUUAUUGAACAAGGACAUAGAGCAGCUGUUGAAUUAUGUUGGGAUUAAAAGCUUAGGGCCGCGACAUGUAUUGGCUAAUCUGAAGGAGCUGUUUAAAACCAUACUCUCACCAGACUUUAUAGAAAGUGAAUGAUAUCAGGCUUUGUAAAUUAGGUAUAGUUUUGUAAAUGGUUUUUCUUCUUCUUCUUCUUCUUCUUCUUCUUCUUCUUCUUCUUCUUCUUCUUCUUUUAUUUCCCCCCCUACUCAGAAUGGGUGCAAAUCCUUUUAUACCCCUUGAGCACCUGAUUAAAACUCAAACAUCUACACGGAGAUGAUGUGUAUUCUUUGUGAAGCCGGCAUAGGAUUGGCUGUGUCACAUAACUGAAAUUGCAUUCUUUGCCCUCCUUAUCUGUAGUUUAGUUUAUGAGGUCUGAUGCUGUAUUCUGUAUACAACAGAAAAUCCCAAGGAUAAGCAUAGUGUAGUAUACGAUGACAACUAACUGAGUAAUAUUGAUGUAGCAGACUAAAUUUUAAGAAUUGCAAAAUUCUAUGAUUACUUGUAUACUUAUGAUUUUUUUUACAUUAUGUGCUACGAAGAAUAUGUUACUGUAGUUGUUGAAUAUU